UUCCAACGAUGACAAAAAAUGGCAAAGGAAACCGAAAAAGCACCACGAUCCACGUCAUCAAACCACCGAUGCAGAUUCCAGCUCGAGUGGAUCCACCGAAACCGCUGAAGGAUUUCUACUGCGGAGUUGAGGGAAACUUAGCCUGCACCCGCAUCGUCGUCAUCGAUUCAGCGAAUACUCGCUACUGGAGAACCGUCGUCGGAACUGAUCUUCACUACUUCAAGCCCAGAGUAGCUUCGGAGACGAUCGCUUCAGGCGUCGAAGCUGCGAUGAGAAAAGCGACUGGCAAGGACAAUUGGAGAGAGAAGGGCGUCAUUCGACGCGUCGUCGUCCUGUUCGCCCAGACUGAUCGGGGUGAUAAAGUCGACGAUCUCGUGACUUUUUUCCGGAAUAAAUAUGUUUCCGUGGCGCCUGAGAAGAGAAUCUGUGAAGAUUUCCAUGUUAUGUCCGAAAUCGACGCAGUUGCACCGGCUCAUUUCCAGAAAGGAGAAGAAGGAAUUGCUCUUCAAGCCGGCGUCGACGCAUUCUGCAGACUGGUCUUAAAGGACGGUACAAUGAAGAAGCCCGACAUCACACCAGGCAUGAUUGGACAUGGAGGUGCCUACUGGUGUGGACGUACAUCCUUCCAGAUGUUUGUCAAUGACGUUGAGCGUGGCACGGAGAACAUGAUGAGCCGAGGCAACAAGAGCAGUGUGACGGACAAAAUAAAAGACGUGUUCAAGACGGUAUUUUCAAUGAAGAAUGACCGAGACCUGCUUCAAAUGAAUGAAAUAUGCUUCUCCAAUUAUUAUAAGCAUCGUCUGGCGCUGUUCACCGAAAAGUUGGCCAGACAUAAUAUGAUUGGCGACGUGGACACUACAAAACAGGAAGAGGGAGAAGAGGAAGAGCAAAAUGAGCAAGUGGAAGAGUAUGAACAGCUCCCUGUAAUCGCCGAAGUCUUCCACAACGCCGGAAUCACACUCGGAAAUCUCGUUGUAAACGUCUUGCGUCAAUAUCCCCCCACUGAGAAAGAGAAAACACUGAAAAUUCUGCUCUUCGGACGAAUGUUCGAUUCUUAUAAAAAUCUGAUGAGCGGCUUCCUCGACUCGAUCUCUGAUACAGGAUUCGAACGCGUCGAGCUCUACCGAAAGAAGGAAGUUUCUGCGGUGACUGCUGCAAUCCACGCGGCAUCACUGGACAAUAUCGAGCUGGGCAUGAACGAAAUGGAGUUUAUCGAUCGUGUCGCAUUCUGCUAGAAGAUCUUUAAAUUUCCAUAAUUUAUAUAAUGUGUAUAUUGUGUAUUUAUUUAUAUUGCCAUAUUUUUCAACUCCAUUCUUGUGUCAUGAGCAAUCCCACUAAAUUAUUUUCUAUAAAAACCACCAAAUAGGUUUGAAUUACAUACAUCAGUUUCCUGUAAAUCUCUCCCCAAUUCACCUCUCAAUUGUUUGCUUUUCAAAGUAUAAAAUAAGCAUAGACA